AUGACCAACAUUAUCUUCAAUCAUGCGAAACUCGGUGCGAUAAGGUGUAUUCGAGAAACAAAUAGCUCGAUUGUGAAGAUCUUAGGUCUGCCAUAUGGUAAGAUUGCCCAACGAUUCUCACGGGCAGAGCUGUCAGAAAGGCUGUCUGAUGGCGAAAGCAAACGGUACCACGAUGGAGUGUUCGACGCGACAAGACCAGGAGCAUCCAGCAUCCAGCCGUGGGGUAGCGUCAAGUCCGAUGCAUCUAACAUCCCGUUGCCGACCGAUAAUCUACCGGAAGACGAAGAGCAAUCAGAGGAUUGCUUGAACCUCUCCAUACACUUGCCAGAGGGAUGUGUCGAUGGAAGUGGAAAGAUGCGUCCGGGUGCAAAGUUACCAGUCCUCGUUUUCAUCCAUGGUGGCGCAUACUUUCUCGGUUCCGCGAAUAGACCAUACUACAACCCGGAGAACCUUGUGCGUCAUGCUAUUGAGCACAAGAAGCCUAUCCUCUUCGUAGGUAUCAAUUAUCGACUUGGUGCACUAGGCUUUUGGCAUUCAAAUCGUGCUGGGGAUCUAGUACUGGAAAACAAUGGUCUCUAUGACCAGAACAUGGCGUUUGAAUGGCUACGCGAGAAUAUCGAAGGAUUUGGUGGAGAUGUCGAUAAUGUUACAGUCAUUGGACAAAGC